AUCUAUUACAUUUAUUGAGCUAUGGCUGAGACAGAAGUUGCAUUAACACCAUCAGAACUGCCUUCUGCAGCAGAAAAUAGCUACAUUAUCCGUCCUAACUUCAAAGACAAGUUCAAACCAGCUAUUGUGAAAGAAGCUAUUCAAGAAGUUGUUACGGAACAGUUGAAAGGAAAGGAGUACGAUCCUGAACAGGCUCCAGCUUGGUGUAAAACCAUCACUGAGGCUGUCAAGGAGAAAGUUAAAUCUCUUGGCAUGGACCGCUACAAACUGGCAGUUAACGUAGUGAUAGGCGAACAGAGAGGUCAGGGUAUUAAGGUAGGUUGCAGGUGCUUCUGGGACUCCGACACUGACAACUACGCUCAGCACCUCUACAUGAACGAGACCAUGUUUUGUCUUGCUACUGCCUUCGGUGUCUUCUUCUACUGAACAGAUGGUUAGAGAUGGUUCAGCUUGUGGCGCCAGUUCAUUGCUCGGCAAUGGAAGUUUUAGCCGGAGAUAGAGAGUAGACAAGAACUUAGAUAUGUGGAUAGUUUUUGUAGUUUUCAGUCAAUUCGGUCGGUGAAAACGUGACUGUUUCAGGUGGAUUUGUUUUUUCCAGUGAAGUUUUUCAGAUGUCACUGACACACAGAACUGAAGUGAUCUAUUUGUAAAUAUGUAUUUGUAUUUGAGGUUCGGUUAUUUUACAACACCUGUAUAUAUAAUUAUACCAUUCAUUUCCA